UUGUACACGGAUUAGCGAAGCUCUUGGUUGUGCAUUUUCUAUUUACUUUCAGCGAGCGUCGCGCGUUUUUCGGUGUUGCUGCUGCACAUUCCACGAGUGCAAAGUGUUGGACGUAUAAGGUGCAAAGGCGAGAGGAUCGCGUCCCGCGUUAAGACGUAGCAAGCAUUGCUAAAAAUGUUGUUUGUCGUGUAACCUGUCCUUUUGAAGCAAGUUGGUUUGUGUAUUCGUUCGUCUGUGAAUCGGUUUGUGUAGUGGCGCAAGGUGUGUCGUUUUAGAGCCCGUCCGUGGCAAAAGUGUAAAGUGUGUGUAUAAGUGUGUCCCGUAAGCACAAGUAAUGUGUUUAAUAAUUUAAAUGUGAUUUAUAAAGUCGUUCUGCUAGAAGUCCCGUGCAGUUGCGUCAGUUCAGCGGAAAAGCGGAGAAUAGAGAAAGUGAGCGACAUACAGCAGCAAUUCCCGUUGCAGCAAAGUGGGAUCGUGUUGUUGCGCUUUGGAUAAAUCUUGACGGGAUAUCCGUUUCGCAGCAGUGGCAACAAUUUAAAGCCCAUCGUAAGCCGUCGAAAGGCAAAAGUCAUCACCGAGCAAGAAACAGCAUUCGCAAACACAAACACAAAGCCUCGUCCGCGUCGUAGAAUAAUAGGUGGACGUGGGUUGAGUGCAGUAAAAGCAGGCCAGCAACAAAGCCUCACCACGAUCAUCCAUCCGCACACAUCCCAGCAGCAGCAGAAGAGGGUGAACCCAAGCGCUCACCUUUGAAAUUCCUGCUCAUCGCGUGUUCAUCACCGUCCCAUCACCUGAACGGCAGAACCCUCCUGCACACAACCUGCUUCGCCUGGAAUUUGUCUGUAGCCCGUACCUUCGACGCAUAUCUUCGGUUGUCUUCAUUCAAGAUUACUAGCUCGGGAUGAUGGCUCCUUCUCCUUCAAAAAGCUCCAAAACACAACAUCCAUCGUUCCUAAUCACGACAAGCUCGGUAGACACGAGUCCAGUUCCUUCGAGUCCGCCAAGUACAGAUGCGCCAAAAUCUCAAUGUUCCUCACUAUCCGAUGGAGAAUCGUUCGAAUGCUACGGGGACAACGACAUAUCAAUCUCAGAAGCUGGUGGUGUUGACCUGGAAUUGGCGCCACAUUUAAACUCUACAACUGUUGGUGAAAGCAAUGGAAAUCCGGGCAAUCCUACGAAUUCCGGAAUCACCAGACAUUCGUGGAGUCGGACCAGUUUGCGCGGUGCUCCUAAAAGUCACAACGACAACUUACCGAACAGACGCUGGGGAUCUAUGAGACACAGUUCUGGCAAACGGCAGCUGGGAUCCAAUGCCUUAGCAAAUCAUCUUUAUAGAUCGUCGAGCUUUAACUCGUCCGGCAGAAGCUCCAACUGUGAUACGGCCGAAGACAUGUACAGCGAUGUCAGUUUGGAAGAUGUACAAGAUAUAAACCAUAAGCUUGAAAUACUACAACGGCAAGUCACCAAUCUGGCAGACACCCAGAGCAAUGUGGACGAUCGGACGAGUAGAACCAAAACGGAAUACGCCGUUCUUCAGGCUCGUUACCACAUGCUGGAAGAACAGUUGAGAGAGACUGAGCUACGAGCGGAAGAACGAUUGGCCGAAGAACAAAAGCGUCACCGGGAGCUGUUGGCCCGUGUCGAGCGGGAGGCAAAGCUGCAGAAUGAAAACUGCCAGAUCCGGAUACGCACGAUGGAGAUGGAGGUGACCGGCCUGCGCGAGGAGAUUCAGCGAUUGCGUUUGCAAAGCGACAAACAAGCGGCCGAUCUGCAUGCGACCGAGGAGAAGCUGGAGAAGGCCCGCGACUCGCUGAUGAUCUCGCAGCAGGAUCUCGUGGAGGCAAGAUCGGAAGAGAAAAAGCAUAGAGCAGAUAAGCAGGCUGCCGAGGAAUUGAUGGUAGAACUGGGCAAAGAGUGCGAACGGCUGCGGUCCGAGCGUGGCCCCGCGCUACCCACGACAUCGCCCGAAUCGCUCCGACUGGAGGAGCUGCAUCAGGAAAUGGACGAGCUGCGUCAGAAGAAUAAGUCCCUCGAAGAGGCGAACGAAGAACUGCAAGCAAUGAUGCUUACCCGCAGCAUCGAGGAAGGUCGCAAUCUCCUGAACGGCACCUCAAACAGUUUGGCACAAGAGCUGGAAGCCAUGAGCCAGAAUCAGGAUACCGUUGAUUCGACCACUUUAGCGUCAUUAACACAGCUACAGGUGGCAUUCCAGGAAAAGGAAGACGAAAACCGACGACUGAAGCAUUACAUCGACACGAUGCUGUUAAACGUGGUGGAAAACUAUCCGCAGCUGCUGGAAGUGAAGGCUGCCUAAGCUGUCUGGCUGACUGUGCAGGGAUACUAUUGUUGUUGCAAUUGGGGUUGCAUCCUUAUUGUAAAUGACAUUAGCCUUUUUACAAUCAAUGGAACACAUUAUACACUCUCUCUCACACACACACACAUGAUGGAGAAGAUUCAGAAGACAGAACAGGGUAGGUAGAACAUUCGACGAUGUGGCGUGUAGUAGUUGUAACGUGUAGAGAGGAGCAAACCAAGCAAUAUAAUGUUUUUUUUUAUGUAACUGACUAAAUUAAGAAAUAACACAAAUGGUGGAACGCCGCUAGAUUGUUAGUUUAUACACCUUCCUAGGCAUUGCAAAACAAGCGACCAGGAAGGAAACGAAUUAAUUAUUAAUUUGAAUGUAAGGGAACUAUCGCUGUUUAUUUAUCAGAGAGAGAGAGAGAGAGAGAUAGAGAGAGAGAGGUAUAGAAAGUGGAUUGAACGAUGGCAAGAAUUACGUCCCUCCAUAAAUGGUUGCACCGUCGCGUCCCGAACGCCUAAAAAAAGCACAUCAUCAUUGCGCCUUGCAUUCAUCUGUGCAGCUUUUGCAUUAAGCACCCACUUACCCAGAAUCGUGAUAACUCAACAGUAGUAGCCUUCAAGUGUGGACUAUGUUUCGAAUCCUUUUUAUGUGAACGUUGUAAUCUAUUGUUAUGCGUAAAUUGUGCAAACGAGUGGCCAAGAAGGAUUGAAAGAUUUAAAACAAAAAAGGAAUGAAUGUUGCCUUGGCGUGUGCGGGGUAAAUCAUCAUCAUCAUGCGCAUGUUUUAAAUUACUAUUAUUCGGUUGGGUUUUUUGUUGUUCUGUUGAUGAUUCACGCUAGAAAGACUAGAAGAAAUGGAAUGAACGGUUUUGUGCUAAAACUUCUUUCACAGUAACAAUCCAACAAUUACGUGUACGUUGAUGGAAACAUACUGCAGAAAUCAGAAUUGUAUUAGGAAUGCAGUUAAAUUUAAAAAAAGUUAUAAAAGAAUCAUAUUUGGAGGUAAUAUUUACAAAGCAUAACUAGUGACGACUAUUUCGUGGGCAAGUUAUUGUUGUUGAGACGGGCAAAUGCUGCUCCUGCGUAGGUGAAGUGGAGGGUGAAGAAACAUUUUAUAAUCCUUGACUACUAAGCGGGAUGGAACGAUCCUAAGAGAGCACAUCAUAAGUGUAUCUAUAUAGAGCAAUUACUCAAUCGAUCGAGAGGGCCGUUGAAGAAGGUGAUACGGACGUUAGGAGACGAGAUCUACACGCACCUUCUUUUAACAGCGUGGAUGCCAAAAUAGCGUUCGACUAAAAAAAAAGAAACAAAACCCAACUGUAUUACUAUUUAGAAGCAGGAAUAAUAAAAGAAAACCCCUACUUACAACAUACA